AGGAGCGGGGCGGGCCUGCGCGGCGCCGCCGCCGCCGCUUCCUGGUCACCUGAGGAGCGGGACGGAGCCCGCUGCGGCGGCGGCUCGGGGUCCGGCUGCCGCCAUGGCCUCGCUCUUCAAGAAGAAGACGGUGGACGAUAUAAUAAAGGAGCAAAAUCGAGAGUUAAGAGGUACGCAGAGGGCUAUUACCAGAGACAGAGCAGCACUUGAAAAACAGGAAAAACAACUGGAACUAGAAAUAAAGAAAAUGGCUAAGACUGGUAACAAAGAAGCCUGUAAAGUUCUAGCAAAACAGCUUGUGCAACUUCGAAAGCAGAAAAAUCGAACGUACGCUGUUAGCUCUAAAGUUACCUCUAUGUCAACUCAAACAAAGGUGAUGAACUCUCAGAUGAAGAUGGCAGGAGCUAUGUCAACUACAGCAAAAACAAUGCAAGCAGUUAACAAGAAAAUGGACCCACAGAAGACACUGCAAACUAUGCAGAAUUUCCAGAAGGAAAAUAUGAAGAUGGAAAUGACUGAAGAAAUGAUUAAUGAUACUCUGGAUGAUAUUUUUGAUGCAUCAGAUGAAGAGGAAGAAAGCCAGGAUAUUGUUAACCAAGUGCUUGAUGAGAUCGGAAUUGAAAUUUCUGGAAAGAUGGCCAAAGCUCCAUCAGCUGCUAGAAGCUUACCAUCUGCAUCAACAUCAAAAGCUGCUACGAUUUCAGAUGAAGAGAUUGAACGGCAGCUCAAAGCUUUGGGAGUGGAUUAGCUUGAUGGCCAUAUAUGGUCUGCCUUCUACUUACUCAGCUGCAGAUAUGUAAAAAUGCAAAUAUUCUUUCAAUGCAACUGAUGCCUAGAAAAACUAUGAUGCUUCAAAAAUGACAGCUUGAUAUUGGGAGGGAGAAGGAGAGAAUACUUUGAAUCAAUUAACAGGGAGAACUACAUUUACUGUGUCCAUUGCAUGCAGUCUUUUUAAGCACUGGACCAAAUAGGGAUCUAGUUCUAAUGAUGAAUUCAUGUAUUUAUUCCUGAAUAUGACCGCUGUGUUCAAGGUUUUCUUCUAAUCUCAGUUCCUUAUCUAUUUUUAGAAUUGGCUGUUCUGCAGCUAGUGGUGAUGUCUCCUAGGACAGCACCUAUAUAAAAUACAUCAUUUUUAUAAAACCAGCUGUAGAAAUACUUAGUCUGUCAUCUUAGCACAAAUGAAACUUUACCUUUGCUUUUAGUUGAAAGAUAUUUUAUUUUGAUGAGAUAUAGCCUUGAAGAUUAGUAAAUUUAGGCAAAAAGGAAAAGCGUUUUACAUACUACUUUCUUUCACAUUUCUGUAGUAUAUUUGAGUUGAUUAAAUAAUAGCUGAUUGUUCAUUUUACAGAAUGGCAAGGAUACAGUCCUUGUACAGUUAAUUUUACUGAAGAGGAUUCAAAUUUGUUAGUGAAGUUUGUUGCAUGAAAGGCACUGACUAAACUUCAUUGUACUGUAACAUAGCUAGUUUCAACAGAAUUGCUGUGCCUUUAUGUAUAUAAAUCUUGUGACUUUUUCAGAAAGAGUCUUCUGAAGUUGAGUAAACUAUGAGUAAGAUGGUUUUCGCAAAACACAGAGCUCUGUGUACGCUUGAUAGGACUCAGUACGAAAGUUCAAAAAUGCACUUGUUCAGAAAUGCCACUUGCAUACUUGCAAAAAGGACAUUUGCCUGAAACAACAUUUUUGUAUAUUUUACAGUAUUUCUUAAUGGGAAAUAACUGUCUGCGAUUGUAUUAUUUACUAAGAUGCAGUUGAUCACAUUGAUAAGCUAAGUCUAAAUUUUUGUCAUGAGAACAAUUUUUGAUGAUACAUGAUAAUUAUUUGUCUAAGCACUAUAAUAAAACUGUUCUGGUUCUGUGA